GCACCUGGUGAAUUUCGUACCGAGCUGCAGAGAGGCGAUGUAUGAUCUAAAGGCAGAAAGCGAGUAUAUAAUGAGACUAGCGGCCGUGCAUACUUCAGCACAACGCAUUGCUCUGGAAACUCCUGGUUUUGAAAUCACCAGCAUUCAGUUCAAUUGCCAUCCAUUUAGAGCUAUCUAGCUCCUCAAUCUUCUUACGACCAUUUCAAGAUGUCUGGCUGCGGAAGCUCUGCUUGUUCAUGCGGCGCUGCCUGCAAGUGCAGCACUGGCACCAGCUGCUGCCCCAAGAGGUCCGUGGACAGCUUCGAGAGCUCCGAGAUGAGAGGCUUCGAGGGCACCAACGAGGGAUGCAAGUGCGGUGAUAACUGCUCGUGCUGCAGCAACUGCAACUGCAAGUGAUGCAGCAGCUGCUGCCAUGGUGUCGAGUACAAGCAGUGGCGCAGUUCCCUUCUGCCAACGUCGUAGAGUGUCGAGAUCUGGACUUGUAGUUUUCCACAUCUGACGAAAUAAAUCAAGUACUCGUCGUCCUAACUUCUGAUUGCCAAAAGUGAGAGCUUCCGGUUUGUAUGUGAAUGUUUCUGGUGGUGGGCAGGGCCUUGAUUGCAAAAUGUAUGAUUCUAGCAUCCCUUCUUCAUCAGUUGGAUCAAAGUGCAUCUAACUACACG